UCCGCAGCGCUGCGCGCGCCCUUUACGUCGGGAGCCCCUGCAGCAGGCGCUUCCGGCCAUUCAUACGCCCGGCCGCUGGGUCCUCCUGGUUGUAACUUACGCGCUACCAGGCCGAAAGGGUGACGGCGCCGCUAGGAUGAAGCUCGUGAGAUUUUUGAUGAAAUUGAGUCAUGAAACUGUCACCAUUGAAUUGAAGAACGGAACACAGGUGCAUGGAACAAUCACAGGCGUGGAUGUCAGCAUGAACACACAUCUGAAGGCUGUGAAGAUGACCCUGAAGAACAGAGAGCCCGUGCAGCUGGAAACGUUGAGCAUUCGCGGAAAUAACAUUCGCUAUUUUAUCCUGCCAGACAGCUUGCCGCUGGACACGCUACUCGUGGAUGUUGAGCCUAAGGUGAAGUCUAAGAAGAGGGAAGCUGUGGCAGGAAGAGGCCGAGGCCGAGGUCGAGGAAGAGGACGCGGUCGCGGCAGAGGAAGAGGGGGUCCCAGGCGGUAACGCCUCUCAAGAUGACUGUUGCUCAAGUGAUCGGGGAUAUUUUUUGUACAGGUUUUGUUCGUCAGUUUUUAAUAAACGUAAUUGUGGGACAGA